UGGGCUGUAGUUCGGGUCUCCACGUUUAGAAACUCCAUACCCGACUCACUCACCAACAAAAGUGGCAAACGGUCGGGUUUAAAAACACAAUUUCACAGAUAUUACCUUACUCCGCCGCUCGUCUUCCCUAACUCUCCCCUCUCUUCUCCGCUCCAACUCUCUGAAAACAUGGCGCUAUCAAACGAGGUGACGUCUGAGUCGGUAGCGGCUGUUCAGUUUAGUUUCAUGUCAGCUGAAGAUGUCAGGAAGCACAGUGUUAAGCAGAUUACAAACCCUAUUUUGCUUGACCCUAUAGCUGAACCUAUUCCUGGAGGACUUUAUGACCCGGCAUUGGGUCCCUAUGAUUUAAACAAAAUUUGUAAAACAUGCGGACAGAGAUGUAAUGAUUGCCCGGGUCAUUGUGGUCAUAUUGAACUUGUUUCAACUGUCUUUAAUCCCUUGCUCUUUGAUAAACUUUACAAUAUCAUAGCACGCACGUGUUUCACUUGCUUCAGAUUUAGAAUGGAUGAAGAAGAGGUCAAGUUAUGCAUUUCAAAAUUGGAAAUGAUUGCAAAAGGUGAUAUUAUUGGGGCAAGAAGGUUGGAUGAAGGAGGUGUACUAGAUACAUCCACCAGUCCAGAAGACGGCGAAACUUCUGAUUUUCAGGACCCAAAUACUUGGUCUUCUCUUCAAUACACCGAGUCAAUUUCGGUCCUGAAAAAGUUUUUCAAGCCGAGGCCUACUGCCUGCAAGCACUGCAAAGCUAAAAAUCCCAAAAUCACUAAACCCACUUUUGGAUGGUUCUAUAUGAGUGGCUUGUCUGCUGCCGAUGCCAGAGCAAAUAUUAUUAGGGCUAGUGGUAAAACAAUAUCCUCUGUGGAAGCGAAUUCCAAUGAGGAUACAUAUGUAGCUGAAAUUGAAACUGUUGAAUCUGAAUCAUGUAUGACUACCUCUGUUGAAACAGAAGACACUAGAAACCAAAGGCAUGUACAAACAGGAAAGGGAUUUUCUCCUCAUUCUUAUAAGCAGAAGAAUACAUUAUCGAGACCAUUUUUACCAUCGGAAGUUCAUGCUACAUUAGAACAACUAUGGGCGAAUGAGAGUGCCAUUCUCUCAUAUAUUUGCGGUGUUCAGCAUGAGAGUCCUAAAUUAACAAAUGGACAGGCACCAAGUCACUCCAUGUUUUUCAUUGAUGCCCUUUUAGUACCUCCUACUAAAUUCCGUCCUCCUGCCGUAACUGCUGAUUCUGUGAUGGAGCACCCUCAGACUGGUCACAUAAUCAAGGUUCUAAAUGCGAACAUAGCUCUUUGUAAUGCUCGUGCCAACAACUCUGAACCGUCCAUCAUAGUUCGUCGCUGGUUGGAUCUUCAACAGUCAAUUAAUCUUAUGUUCGAUAGCAAGACAUCUAUGAGCCGAAGUGCUACUCCUGGAAUAUGCCAGCUGCUGGAGAAGAAGGAGGGCAUCUUCCGUCAGAAAAUGAUGGGGAAGAGGGUGAAUCAUUCAUGUCGUUCUGUUAUAUCCCCGGAUCCAUAUUUAGCAGUUAAUGAAAUUGGCAUUCCUCCAUAUUUUGCAUUGAGGUUAACCUAUCCAGUGAAAGUGACUCCAUGGAAUGCCCAAAAAUUGAGGGAAGCUAUCAUCAAUGGCCCUGAAAUCCAUCCCGGGGCAACAAACUUUGUUGAUAAAGUCUCCAAUAGCAAACUGCCUUUAAAAAAAAAGGGUCGUAUUUCUGUAUCUAGGAAGUUAUCAUCUUCAAGAGGUGAAGCAUCCACGAAAAGCCACGAGAUGGAGGGAAAGAUUGUUUUUUGCCACAUGAAGGACGGGGAUGUUGUGCUUGUUAAUAGACAGCCUACACUUCACAAGCCUAGUAUUAUGGCACAUAUAGUUCGUGUAUUACCGGGGGAGAAAACUAUUCGGAUGCAUUAUGCAAAUUGCAGUACCUAUAAUGCUGAUUUUGAUGGUGAUGAGAUGAAUGUUCAUCUGCCUCAAGAUGAAGUUUCACGUGCUGAAGCUUAUAACAUUGUAAAUGCUAAUAAUCAGUAUAUUGUUCCAACAAGAGGUGAUACUGUCAGAGGCUUGAUUCAGGAUCAUAUUGGAGCUGCUGUUCUUUUGACAAUGAAGGAUACAUUUCUGACUCGAGAGCAGUAUGAUCAACUGCUCUACAGCUCUGGUGUAUUUUCUGCUGGACCCAGUUUAUCUUCUAAAAGCCUGUCCAAGAAAAUAUCUAAAGUAGAGUCCUAUGGUUUACAGCCUGUCCUGCCAGCUGUUUGGAAACCAAAGCCUCUUUGGACUGGAAAGCAGGUGAUUACUUCACUGUUAAAUCAUCUUACUCGGGGGUGUAAACCAUGCACCCUUGAGAAUGAAGGAAAGAUCCCAUACCAAUAUUUUUCAAGAAACAGCAGUAACAAUCAACUGAGCAAAGAUGAAGAGGCUAGUGCCGAAAAUAAGGUGUUAAUUAGAAGAAAUGAACUUGUUCGUGGAGUUAUUGACAAGGCACAGUUUGGCAAGUAUGGUCUGGUUCACACAGUGCAGGAGCUAUAUGGUUCCGAUACUGCAGGCAUAUUGCUUUCUGCACUUAGUCGCUUAUUUACAUGUUUCUUACAGAUGCACGGUUUCACGUGUGGGGUAGACGACCUGAUAUUAUUACCACAGUACGAUGUUCUAAGGAAGGAGGAACUUGAAGGAGAAGAUGUUGGCGAGGAAGUUCAUUGUGAUUUUGUUAAUUUCAAACGAGGCAAGAUAGGUCCAAAAGAGCUGCAAUAUGAAAUUGAAAAAAUAAUGCGUAACAAUGGGGAAUCUGCAGUAGCACGCUUAGAUGGAAAGAUGAAAAAUGAACUGAGGGAAAAGGGUUCAAAAAUAAACAAGGAAUUGUUGCUUAAUGGCCUCUAUAAACCCUUCCCGAAAAAUUGCAUUUCUCUUAUGACAAUCAGUGGAGCGAAGGGUAGUUCAGUCAAUUUUCAACAGAUAUCUUCUUCACUGGGUCAACAAGAGUUAGAAGGAAAGCGUGUUCCUCGAAUGACCUCUGGGAAAACCUUACCCAGCUUUUCUCCCUGGGAUUUUUCAUCUCGAGCAGGGGGCUAUAUUACUGAUCGCUUCCUUACUGGUCUUCGUCCUCAAGAGUAUUACUUCCACUGCAUGGCUGGUCGUGAAGGGUUAGUUGAUACUGCAGUCAAAACAUCUCGUAGUGGAUAUCUGCAAAGGUGCCUGGUUAAAAAUCUCGAGUGCCUUAAAGUUUGCUAUGACUAUACAGUCCGGGAUGCAGAUGGUUCUAUUGUUCAGUUUUGUUAUGGUGAAGAUGGUGUUGAUGUACAUCAGACGAGCUUUCUCAACAAAUUCGAGGCACUAGCAAAGAAUCAAGAGAUUAUAGGUCAGAAAUUUCAUCAUAAGCUUGAAUACAAUGCAUAUAUUGAUAAGUUGCCUAACAAGCUAAAAGAAAGAGUGGACGAGCUGAUUAGAACAUCAUUAAAGGGGCAAUUUCUGGAACAAUUGAAGCAGCAGGACUUGUUAAUGUUAAUGAAACAAAAGUAUAUCUCAAGUCUCGCACAACCAGGAGAACCAGUUGGAGUGAUUGCUGCACAAUCUGUGGGUGAACCAUCAACACAAAUGACGCUGAACACUUUCCAUCUUGCUGGUCGCGGAGAAAUGAACGUUACCCUUGGCAUUCCACGUUUACAAGAAAUAUUGAUGACUGCAACAAGUGAAAUCAAGACUCCUAUUGUUACAUGCCGUCUGCUUGAGGAGAAGUCAAAGGAUGACGCCAAGGCCCUUGUGGCAAAAUUGAAGAAGGUCACUGUUGCAGAUAUAAUUGAGAGCGUAGAGAUAUGUGUUGUACCAUUAUAUGUUUAUAAGGAUGAAAUCUGCAGAUUGUAUAAGCUUAAGAUUAAGAUUAAAAAGCAUGAACUUGUUUCUGAAGAAGACUGUCGAGAAACACUUGAGAUUACUUAUUUGAGGGAAUUGGAGGAUGCCAUAGAAAACCAUGUCCAAUUGCUUGCAAGAAUCAGUGGCAUCAAAGAUUUUACAGAAAAUAUUGAAUCGAUGAGUGCAAGUCAGACAAGGGAUGCUGUUUCAGGCAACAAAUCACAAGGCAAUGAUGACGAUGAUGAGAAUGGUGAUAAUGAGGGUGAUGAUUUUGGAUUUGAUGCUCAAAAAAGAAAACAACAAGCUUCAGAUGAGAUAGAUUAUGAGGAUGGUAUUGAUGGUAAAACAACUGAAGUGGAAUUAUCGACUGAAGUUGAAAGUGAGAUUGAUCAGGAUGAUGAUGAGAUAGAGAGUAGCAUUGGUCAUGUUGAGGAUGUUGAUGUGGAAGAUGAACCAUCGAAUGUGUCAUAUGACAAAGGUUUGAUAACAGAACCUACGUCAACCGAUAGAAAGGCCCAAUCAAAAUCAAAGAAAAAGAAAAGGGGGAAUUUGGCGAGGAAGGAGACAGAUAGGUCGUGCUUUGUGAAAACUGAAGGACAACGUUAUGAAGUCCAUUUCAGGUUCAAAGAUGAACCACAUAUCUUGUUGUCUCAGAUUGUCCAGAAGGCUGCCAAGAAGGUUCCUCUCAUUGGUUCUGGGAAGAUUGAACACUGUCAACAACUUGCAUAUGAUGUACUUGAAAAGCAAGUUUUGUGGCAGAAGGAAGAAAAUGGUGCUGCAGAAGUUCAAAAGGAUCUGUCUAAUCUUUGCGCUCUGAAAGUUGCUGGAGUGAAUUUAACUGCAUUAUGGGAGAUGCAGGAUGUACUUGAUGUUAAUCAUAUAUAUUCAAAUAAUAUACAUCUUAUGCUGAAAACCUAUGGAGUGGAAGUUGCCAGGAAGACUAUAAUUAAGGAGGUGCAGGAUGUGUUCAAGAUUUACGGAGUAGAGAUUGAUUAUAGGCAUUUAAGCCUUAUAGCAGAUUACAUGACCCACUCUGGUGAGUAUAGACCUAUGAGCAGACAUGGAAUGAUAUCUGAAUCACUAUCACCUCUUAUGAAGAUGUCUUUUGAGACCUGUUCCAAAUUCAUAGUAGAAGCUGCAUCUCAUGGACAGACUGAUAACUUGGAGACACCUUCAUCAAGAAUCUGUCUUGGCUUACCAGUUAAGUUGGGUACCGGUUCUUUCGAUCUGAUGCAGAACCUACAGUUAUAGUCAUACAUUUAUGUUUGGAUUUAUAACCUUUUUCUUGUAAUUUUGAAUAUGUUUUGAAAUUCAACUCAUUAUUCAAAAUUAGUUUUUUGGUGGC